CAAACGCCGGAAAGUACGGUGCAACAAAGCCUAUCUUCCGCGACGUUACCUUACGCUACGUCAAGCUACAGCCGUCCACUUCCAGAAUGAUCACUUCCUUCUUCAAGCCAAAGAGAGUCCGAGCUUCCGCCGGGAAAGAAAACGAUUCCGGUGAACGGGAGGAGACGACCACCGCUGUCAAAAAGCUCAGGACGCACAUCGAUCCACCAUCAAAAAAGAACGCGACCUUGUCCCCCGAGGCAAAGGAGCUGGUGUCUUAUCUGAACCACACCAAUACCGACAGCGAUGAUUCGUCGUCGUGGAGGGACGCCCUUGGGAAGCACAUUUCGUCUCCUUCCUUUGACCGGCUUGCCACGUUCGUCGCCAAAGAACGGUGCGUCCUGAAGCCAGACCGAAGGACCUUUUUGAUUGUUUCAGUGAUUGGCACAUUGCAUGGCUUGCAGUGUACUGCGCCGUAUCCMUGCGCUCUCACACCAGUGUUUCUCCUUUGCUCUGGCGGCUCUUUUUUGGUGCUAUGCCAUGCGUCUGUGUGUGUGCGCGAUUGUUUGCGUGCUUGUUUGCGACAGAAACCAGAAAACCGUGUUUCCGCCUGUGGAAGACACUUUUGCCGCGCUGAACCUCUGCCCGCUCUCGAAGGUAAAGGUCGUGAUCGUCGGGCAGGACCCCUACCACGGACCCGGGCAGGCCCACGGGCUCUGCUUCUCGGUGCGCCGGGGGGUCCCGGCGCCUCCAUCGCUCCGGAACGUCUACAAGGAGCUCCUGAACGACGCAUCGAUCGAAAACUUCCGCUCGAUCCCGGGCCACGGGAACCUCGAGCGCUGGGCACGGCAGGGAGUUUUGAUGAUCAACAACGUCCUGACGGUGCGGAGGGGGGAGGCCCACAGCCACAAGAAAAAGGGAUGGGAAGCGGUCACGGACGAAAUCAUCCGCGCGGUCGACCGAGCCAACCGGCGGAAACAGCAAAUCGCGGAGGGUGGCACGAAGCGGGGCGGCGUCGUCUUUUUGCUGUGGGGAAAGCCCGCCACCGAAAAGGCCACCACCGCCCUUGCGGGAGCAGCCUCUCGCCACACCAUCAUCUGCACCUCCCACCCGAGCCCCCUGGGGGCGACCAAGACCAAGUCACCGUUCCUGGGGAGCAGGUGUUUCGGUCGCGCCAACGAGGCGCUGCGGAAAAUGGGGCACGAAGAGAUCGACUGGCGCGUGGACGGGCCGCUGGCGCAGGAGUAGCGAGCGAAACAGCAGGAAAUACCACCUUACUUGGAAGCUGGGUUGCGGGGGGGACGCAGCGAGAAGGAGCCUAUUUUGGUUCCCGCAAUCACUCCACGCCGUACGAAACAAUUUAUCGACUAUCCCACUUCCACUGAUGCAGGGCAUCGCCCCGGUGCGUUCGAUGCGACACGCUCCAAAACGGCUCCAAUUGUCAGUCCUGUCUUUCCAUUACCAAGCGGAAGUUGCUAGGCCAUCCAAACAGCAAACGGCUAAAGAUUUCUACAGCAAUAAAUAAAUUGGUAGAAGUAAC